AUGAGGACCCCCCGCCAGACUUCCCCGACAUGGCCAGCCUCGCCCUGCUGCAGCGCCGUGGCGCCCCAGGGCCCCGGCCCGGCGGCGCCGCACGUCCCCAGCUGCCAGGAGGUGCACAGGCCGGAGUGGACGCGGGAGAACUGGGCGGCCCUCGGCGGCGAGGAGGUCGAGGACGCGCUCCAGAGCGCAUCGCUGACCCUGCUGAGCGCAAAGUGGGUGCUCAAGACGGCCGCGGAGGCCGAGGCCGUGCUAGCGCCUCGUCAGGCGCUACCAGACGACGCCUUCCUGUCUCUCAGCCAGGUGCAGGCCUCGUCCACCAACGGAUUUGGGUACGUGCUGCAUAUCGCGUGCGUGUCGCACUGCUGGCUGCAGGCGCACCACCCGGACCCCCUCGGGCACAACCUGCGAGUGUUGGCCAAGAGCUUGAAGCUGCUGGUCCAGGACGCCGCGUACGGCGGGAGGUGGGCCGUGCUUUUCGACUUCUGCAGCAUGCACCAGGCCUGCAGAGACUCUGCCGGGAUCCCCCGUCAUGAGGCGUACAGCUGGUUGGGAGUGGAGAACGCAUACGAGCACGGUGCGGUCGGCCGCUUCGAGUCGGAGGAGGUGAUGUUCGAUAAGGCGCUGGGCCACCUCGGCACUUUCUUCUCGCACCCGUCGACGAUAGUAUUCAUGCUCAGCGCCCUGCCAUCAGACUUCACCGACACCAGAAAAUACGCGCAGACGACCAACAGCAAGGCAUACACCAGCAGAGGGUGGUGCUAUUGCGAGGCGUCUUGGGCGACGCUUGUCAAGGAGCAGCACUCGGUCCUCGACGUCGGUAAGGACUCGGGCUCGUCCUCUUGGCUCGCGCUUGUCACGGAGUGCGCCACUAUUCGCCGCGCUCCAGCUCUACCAACGACCUUCAAGGCGGAGCUGGAGCACAAACACUUCUCGAACAGUCAGGUAGAUUUCGAGCGCGUUGCGAGACUCUACGCGGCUGGAUUCAAGAGCCGGUUCGCCACUACGACCGCCUUGUCGUACCAGGGCUCGAGCUGGGACGACGAGGACGCGCACGCGCUGUCCCAGCUCCUGACCUCUGGCGCGGCGCCGAGGCUGCACAAGGUGGACCUCGCGGAGAAUCGCAUCUCCGAUGCGGGGGCCAUCGCGCUGGCAGAUGCGAUCGCAUCCGGAGCGGCCCCUGAGCUCACGUCGCUCAACCUGAGCCGCAACGCCAUAGGGGAUGACGGCGCUGCAGCCCUGUCCCGUGCGCUCUGCUCCUGCGCCAGGCUGGCGCACCUGGACCUGAGCCACAACCACGUCGGGGACCAGGGCGCCCACGCGCUCAUGGGCGAGAUACGGAGGGACCCCGCGCAGAAGAAGCGCGUCUGGCUGACGGACAACCCCAUCAGCAAGCACACGAAGACCGCCAUGGGCGGCUGA